AUGUUUAAAAUACAGAGAUUUGAUUUUGAUAAUACUUCUGUAAAUGUCCUUGAAAAUUCAAAAAAUCGUCUUGAGCAAAUAAAUGGAAAGGUUAUUUUAAAAAGAAAACGAAUUUCAAAAGAACUUCUGACAAAUGGUAAUAGCACCAAAAAAACCCCAGUUUCACAACAAAAAUUAAAAGAUAAUUAUAAUAGUGAUAUAUCAAAAAAUAAGGAAAAAGAAAAAACAUCACUAUUACAAGCUUUCCCAUGUUUUCAUCAACAAAAGUUGACUCCUGAAGAAAUUUCAUCUUCAAAAAUGUUGGGAAUACCAGAUUGGUUGGCAAAUCCUACCAUUAUUAAUUCGUCUUCAGUCUAUUCAAUUGAUGACAAUAAUUCAUUAGGCUUAUCAGAAAGAUUAAUAAAUCAUUGUAAAUCAUUAGGGAUCACAGAGUUUUUUGCAGUACAAGCAUCAGUUAUUCCACUAUUAUUGAGAAAUAAAAAUUUAUAUGAUUUACAUAAAUCAUUUGGUGAUAUAUGUGUUUCUGCUCCAACUGGAACCUUAAUAGUUUUACCAACAAAAGAUUUAGCUAUGCAAGUAAAAGAAACAUUUGAAGCAUUUUGUAAGAAUACAAAUUUAAAGGUUAUUGAUGAAGCUGACCGUUUACUUAAUCAAAGUUAUAAUAAUUGGUUAACUUUUGUUCUUAAAUCAAAAAAUAAUUUGAAAAACUUAAAUAUUAACAAAGUAAAUGAGGUUGACAAAAUAAAAGAAUUAAAUGAUUCUGUCUCAAUGUCAAUCUUUGAAGAUGUGUUUUCAAUUCCCAAAUCCACUAUUACAGAAAAAAAAACAUCACCGAUGCAAAAACUUUUAUUUUCUGCAACACUUACACGAAAUCCAGAAAAGAUAGCAAAUUUACACUUGAUAAAUCCAAAAUAUAUUUCAAUAAUGUCAAUUGAAGAAAAUGAAACUGGACUGAAUAAAUAUUCUUUACCAAAAAAUUUAAAUGAAUAUAUGAUAAUCACAUUUUCAUCACUUAAACCUCUAAUAGUUAUACAUUUGAUAAACAAUCAAAAAAUAUCUUCAGCUCUUUGUUUUACUAAAUCUGUUGAUUCAGCUCAUAGACUCAAUAAAUUAAUUGAACUAUUUCAGGAAAUUUAUUUAAAUGAAAAUAAUAAGAAAAUUAGUUCUAAUAUCAUUUCAAAAGAAUAUUCAAAUUUAAUUUCUCGUGGUAUUGAUAUAGAUUGUGUUGAUACUGUUAUUAAUUAUGAUGUUCCUAUUUAUAUGAAAAAAUAUAUACAUCGUGUUGGUAGAACAGCUCGUGCAGGAAGACAAGGUGAUGCUUAUAGUCUGGUGGAAACACAUGAGGCCAAACAUUUUAAGGAAAUGCUUAAAAGAUCAGGACAUUUAAAAAAUGUUAAGAAAUUUGAUAUUAAAUCAACUGCUUUGGAUCCUAUGAUGACAGCUUAUCAGAGUCCCAUUGAUAUUGAACCUUAUAAAAGUAAAUUUUUUACAAGUGUCUAUAGUUCCGAAGAAUCUUCAAUAGAAGGUUUAAAACAAAAAAGUAUUAAUGAAACUACUACAGAAGAUGAAAGUGAGGAAGAAUUAAAACUAAGUUCAAGAGGUCUUGUUCAAAUUGUAGGUUCAUUGGAUAUAUCGUUGUUGGAUAAUGACGCUCCUUUAUUAUUCAAUAAUCAAGUCGAUGAGUUUGACGUUACUUUAGAUCCUCCCUCUAACUCGCUACAAUUAACAACACGUAACGUUCGUAAAUAUGAUGAUCCAUUGGAAAAUAAAAGACGUCAAGGAAGACUGCUAUUGGUAUCAUUACUAGAAAACUUUUGUUUAUUAUAUGAUACAAAUCCAGAAAGAAAUCAUGAACUAUUUUAUCUUAUAUGUAAAAAUUUAAGUACUAUGGGUAUAAUUGAAGAAGAGCACAUUGAUGAGAUGUCUACCGUUCGCUCCUCUUAUCAACGUGCUUUCAAAGCUUUGGUCAUACAAGCUCUUAAUUCAAUUAAACAAGAACGUUUAAUGAAGGAAUCUCGUUUACUUAUGCCUUCUUGUCCAGAAACUGAUUUAGAUAAGCCCGAUAGACAUUCUCCUCAUGAUAAUAAACUUCCUUAUUCUGCAAAAACAAAAAAAGAUAACUCAAACUCAAAAGUUUUAAAAAAUCUUUCGUUCGGUGAUAUUUUGGACCUUGAGAAUAGUCGUUACUCCAAUGAUUUCAUUGAACUUAAAUUAUUAGGUAAAGGUGGAUUUGCAAGUGCUAAAAAUAAAUUAGAUGGUAGAGAAUAUGCCAUUAAAAAAAUCAGAUUAAGAGGUGAUAAAAUUCCUGAAGAAAAAGAAAAGAUAUUUCGUGAGAUUAAAAUCCUUGCAAGAUUAGAACAUACAAAUGUUGUGCGUUAUUAUAGUUCAUGGCUCGAACAUAUCAGUAGUAAACAACGUAGUAACGAAGAUGAGACAUCAUUAUUGUUAAAUUCCGAAGAAAAUUCUUCGCGUGUUGAAAGUUCAAAUGGAUAUCAUUCUGAUAACGAGUCUAGUAUCAAUUCAAACCAAGAUACCGAUAAAAUAAGUCAUUCUCAUAUUCCAAAAGAUGUUGAAUCUUUGAAUCUUGAGAAAGAUUGGGUGCUUUUCAUUCAAAUGCAGUUAUGUAAUAGUACAUUGCGCGAUUAUUUAAAAAAACGUGAUUCCAAUAUAUUGGCGCCAACAACUGAUCUGUUAAGCUCCGUUGAUCAUAACAUCAUAAUCGAUUUAUUUAGAGGCAUAGUACGUGGGGUUGCAUACAUUCACGAUCAAGGGUUGAUUCAUCGAGAUCUCAAACCCGGAAACAUAUUUAUUGGUGGCCUUGCAGAUGGUGGGCAAGAUAAUUUGGUUGUUGCCAAUAAUUUAUUAUCUUUUUCUAAUGAACGAGUAGUACCAAAAAUCGGCGAUUUUGGAUUAGUAACUGCAGUAGAUGGCGAUCACACCUACUCAACAAUUGAUAAUUCAAUAAAUAGAGGAUUAAAAGGAUGCUACGCUUCACCUGAACAACUUGCAAGGCCCCCACAACCUUACAAUGAAAAGGUUGACAUCUAUUCAUUAGGAAUCAUAUUCUUUGAAUUGCAUUUUUCAUUUUCCACAGGGCAUGAACGUGCUCAAGUUAUUAAAAAUCUAAGAAAUGGAAUAUUACCUAAAGGGUUUGUUAAAAGAUUCCCAAAAGAGGCAGCAUUCAUUUUAUGGAUGAUGGCAGAAGAUCCCGAUAAGAGACCAAGUGCAAAACAAAUUCUAGAUUUUGAAUUAUUGUCAGAUUCAAAUCAAGAAGAGCAUUCUAAAAUACAACUUAGACUUGUUGAAAGUACACAUAAAUUAGAAAUGGUAACACAAGAAAAUGAAAUUUUAAAGAAAAAAGUUGCAGAAUUAGAAGAAAAAUUAAAAAAAUAUGAAAAUCUCAUUACUUAUAAUACAAAAGGUGCUUCAUAG